ACGCUCCUCUCCCCUCCAACCCCAACUCAAGAAGAAAAAGAGGGGGAGAAAUUUUAAAAUAAAUAAAUAAAUAAAUAAAUAAAAAAUCCCAGUGAGGUCAUUUCAAUGUGAGCGCAGGAGGCGAUCAGACAAGGUCGACUUUUCCGGAGGAGGCGCAGCCCCUGAGGAGCGUGGUGCUGCAUACAGCCGCGCUGCCCGGACGGCCGCCAGCGGCGCCCUGUCCCCGCCGCCGGCCCGGCACCUUGGAGAGCUCCGCGCCGCCGCCUCCGCCGCACUCGCUACCGGUCGGGCGCUGCGCGGCGCUGCGCGGCUCUACGCGGGGCCCGGCGGCUCCGGGGCCGCCCCGCCGCCCCUCGGCAGCGCCCGGCAGUCGCGGAUGCUCCGCUCCGCCCCGGCUGCCGGAGAAGGAAGAAAAGUUUGGGGGCGACUUGGGGCCGCGGGAGCCGCGGAGGAGAAGGAGGAGGCGCGAUUUCCCCGGCUGAUCGGGAAGGAAGGAUGACCGAGGGAGGAUGUGCACCAGCAGCCAGAUCAUCGGGAGCCUCCUGGUGCUCUCCGUGCUGGAGAUAGGGUUAGGGGUGUCCAGCGUGGCCGUGGGGGCGGUCAGUUUCAGCCUGGUCCUCACAGAGCAUAAACCUCAACUGGGAGACUCUUCUCCGGUAUGGAGCGGGGUGUGUUUUCUGCUUUGUGGCAUAUGUGGAAUACUGUGUGCCAAAAAAAAGUCUGGACUUAUCAUGAUACUUUUUUCUGCCUGUUGCAUCUGUGGACUAAUCGGAGGAAUUUUAAAUUUUCAAUUUCUUCGUGCUCUCACAAAGAAGUCGUCUGCUCUCUAUUCUUUGCAUCUUGCCUCCAUGUCUCUUGCAUGCAUUGGAAUUGGUGGUUGCACCCUUUCUUCAUGGCUCACUUGUCGGCUAGCCAGCUAUGAACAAAGGCGAAUGUUCUCAGAGAGAGAACAUUCAUUGCAUCACUCCCAUGAAAUGGCAGAAAAAAGAUUGAGGGGUAUUGAAAUAACCGACCUGCCCAGCUGCCCGGUGGUUCCCCCGACACCAGAGUUACCUCCAAGGAAAUGACAGACAACCUAAGCAAUGGUGGCCCACAUCUGAUUUAUAAUGGAAGUGUAUACUAAGAGAUUUUUUAAAGUUCCAUGGAAUGAAGUGGCUUUAGAAUUUUCUUCAGGAAAAUAAAAAUGACUUCCAGAAAUUGAGAAAAUGGAAUUAUCUUAGCUUUUAUGGCUCAAGUGUCACAACCGCAGAACAGCACAGUUGCAUUUCCCUUUUAGAAACAUGUUCAAAAUUUAUCUCCUAAACAUUUUGCGGAUAUACAGUAUUUAUUCACUUCCUGGAUACUCUUUAUCUGAAAAACUUUUCAGAAUUGUGAUAGUAUUUGAAAUAGACUUCUCAAGACUCUUCUUAUGAAGACUCAAAAACCAGAAAAAAUAAUGUAACUGUACCACACCUAGCCCAACCACACGAUUCCUGAAGAGAACGGAAGAGGGCAGAGGAAGGAUGGCUCAGGAGAAUUUUCUCAUCCUCCGCAGUCAGCAGCAUCUGGUGUAAUAUGGUGGCUUCAGAUCAUGUGGCAUGGUACCAGCAACACAUCUGCGCAAGCCUCGUUUUCACACUGCAAAUGCAUCCAGCCUCAGUUUGCCCAGUAGAUUGUAUCAAAAAGAGAGUGCAGAUUACUCUUCCAAAAUGCUCCCAUUUCACAUGCAGAGUGUAAAUGAACAGUGUGAUGAAAGUAACACCAAUGUCUUUGUUUUGAAAGACAGAACGCUCUAAGAAUGCCAUGAAUCAAAACCUCAGCAAUGCCUUGUUGUAAAGAAAUUGUAAAUAUUUCCAAUUUGUGAAUGAAGUAUAUUUCGUAAUUUGUUCAUAAAAGAUGACAAAUAAAAUGAAAUCCAAAACAUUUAA